AUGCCCCCAGGAUGUAACAGGCAUAGCCUGAGAGCAUCCACAUCAGCAAACAACUUAUACCGGGCUAGCAAGCUCGGAUUAGUCAAUGACCAGACUAAGCUGUUCUGUAGGCUUCAACCGCAUUGGUGCACUUCGGGAGUGGAUGAUCAGAACGGUGGUUUAGGAGGACAGGCAGGCAUUGUGCUGUGCGAUUGCAAGGCUGGACUAAGUGCCUUAAUCCACGCUAAAUUAACAACUGAUGCGGAUGCUCUGACCAUCACUAUGAAGCGCAAGGCUGCACAAUCCUCCCCUCCUGUUCCAAAUUCAAAAGCUUCCAAGCCCACAUCCUCCCAACCAUCCGGAAACCAAAAUAUAAUCGAAAUAGACUCUGAUGAAGUAAACUGUGUCGACAUGGAUGAUAGUGAUUCCGAAAAUCCUACCAAAAGUCAAUCCUUGAAGCGAAGUUGGGUGUGGCUCCACUUCAAAGAAGAAGUCGGACCUCAGGCGGAGAACCUGGCUGUCUGUCAAGUUGUUCAAAGAGGUGGGAAAUUGUGUGGGGCUUCAAUGAAGAGAGACAAGAGCAAAAGUAUGAAAAAUCUCCACGGACACCUUUACAACAUGCACAAACUGGCGGAUCCAAAGCUCCUGAAGAAGACAAAGAAAUUGAGCCAUAUCGACAUUAGAACGUGGGCCAAGAAGGGUGAAUGCAAGCCAAAGGACACUUGGACUGCACCCAAUUGCACAGCCUUCAUGGGGGUAACCUCUCAUUUCAUUGAUGAAAAGUUUUGCAUGAGGGAUUUGACUUUAGCAGUUCCUCACAUUCAAGGAAGUCACACUGGCAAAAUGUUUGUGAAUCUCUUUUACGAUGUUCUUGAGAGCUACAGGUGUCUUGGCAAGGUAAACACUAUAACUGCCAACAAUGCCUCCGUAAAUAACAAAAUGGCACGGGAGCUCUCUCUUCAAAUCCGUGAGUUUGACACUUCAACAAGUCUUCUUGGAUGUAUCGCUCAUGUGAUCAAUCUUGCUUCCAAGGCUGGUAUUGCUGCCCUUGGAACAAUGGAGGAUGAAGAAGAUUGUGGUGACCAAGAAAUCUCAACAGUUGAUAUGGGAGCAUCUCACCCCACCAUUCCACCCCCUCCCCAGAUGGCAAUCAGUUUUGUUACUACCGAACCCAAUGGCGCCAACAUUGAUGCAAAUUCAAUCCUCAAGAGAGUCCAUGGAUUGUGUACAUAUGUCCGAUUCUCUCCUCAGUGUUGCGAAUGA